UUCCCUAGAAUAUGUACGUCACUUUUCUGCAGGUAAACAACCUCUGCAAAACGAGAGCUGAUUUGUACCUAAACAUUUUAUUUAAAUAUUUUACAAAACGGCACCGCCCUGAUUUGUCGAAUAUUAUGAAACUGACAAGUUGUUAAUAAACGCAUUGAUGUUGCUUGCGCUUUUUUUUUUUUUUUACCCAUGAUGCCCGAGACGAGGUUGUAAAUGAGGAAGCAGUAAAUAGAAGCUGUUAGUUUCGCAGGCAUUGAUAUUAUAACAGCUUUCUUUUAAUUCCAAUGGUUUUGUGAAUAUUUGAUACCAAACGGGAGCAUAAGUACAAACUGCGAGUAUGGCAGAGAGUGGGGAGACCCGGGGACAUUCCUCUGAUGGCAAAAUCAUCAAAGUGACAGUAAAAACUCCCAAAGAAAAAGAGGAGUUUGCCGUGCCUGAAAAUAGCACCAUCAAGCAGUUCAAAGAAGAAAUUUCCGAGCGCUUCAAGACACGGAUUGAUCAGCUUGUGUUGAUAUUUGCUGGUAAAAUCUUGAAAGACCAAGACUCUCUUAGCCAGCAUACAAUCCAUGAUGGGAUGACUGUUCAUCUGGUCAUCAAAACGCAAACAAGGUCACAGGACCAUGCUGCUCAGUCAUCCAGCAGCUCAACUACCAGCAAUGCGACUACCUCCACAGAGUCCCACAGCACAUCUACAUCCAGCAGCCUCUUAGGACUGGGUGGCCUUGGAGGGCUGGCAAGUCUAAGCGGCUUUGGAAUGAACUUGUCAAACUUCUCAGAGUUACAGGCCCAGAUGCAGCAGCAGCUUAUGUCGAAUCCUGAAAUAAUGGCCCAGAUAAUGGAAAACCCCUUUGUACAAAGCAUGCUGUCCAAUCCUGAUCUGAUGAGGCAAUUAAUCGUGGCAAACCCCCAGAUGCAGCAAUUGAUUCAGCGAAAUCCCGAGAUUAAUCACAUGCUCAAUAAUCCAGAUAUAAUGAGACAAACAUUGGAGCUUGCCAGAAACCCAGCUAUGAUGCAAGAGAUGAUGAGAAAUCAGGACAGAGCUCUGAACAACCUUGAAAGUAUUCCAGGAGGCUACAAUGCAUUAAGGCGGAUGUAUACUGAUAUUCAAGAGCCAAUGUUAAAUGCUGCUCAAGAACAGUUUGGUGGCAAUCCCUUUGCUUCUUUGGUAAACAAUCUAGCUGCUGGUGGCAGUCAGCCAUCGCGUACAGAGAAUAGAGACCCAUUACCAAACCCCUGGGCACCUCCUGCAGCAAGCUCGCAGACCUCCUCCUCCACUGCCACUGCUGCCCCCAGCCCAGCACAAGGCCCUAGCCUGCCAAACCUGGGAUCAGGCCUGGGAGCAGGGAUGUUUAACACACCUGGAAUGCAGAGCCUUUUGCAGCAGAUAACAGAAAACCCACAGCUAAUGCAAAACAUGUUGUCUGCUCCGUACAUGAGAAGCAUGAUGAAUUCACUCAGUCAGAAUCCAGAUCUAGCUGCACAGAUGAUGUUGAACAACCCUCUUUUUAGUGGAAAUCCCCAGUUACAAGAACAGAUGAGACAGCAGCUACCAGUCUUCCUUCAACAGAUGCAAAAUCCAGAAACCUUGUCAGCCAUGUCGAAUCCCAGAGCAAUGCAAGCACUAUUACAAAUUCAACAGGGCUUGCAGACACUGGCAGCAGAAGCACCUGGCUUUAUACCAGGUUUUGGGCAAGGUAAUGUGGGAGGUAUUGGUGGUGUUGGAGGCACAGGGAGUACCCCUUCCACAGGGUCUAAUACCAGCUCUCAAGGAAGUGGAGAGACAGGGCAGCAGCAGUUUGUACAGCAAAUGUUACAAGCACUUGCUGGUGCAAAUCCACAGACGCAGAGCCCUGAAGUGAGAUUUCAUCAGCAACUCGAACAGCUCAGUGCAAUGGGAUUUCUUAACCGUGAAGCCAAUCUGCAAGCUCUGAUAGCAACAGGAGGCGACGUCAAUGCAGCCAUUGAGAGGCUACUGGGCUCACAGCCAUCGUAGCAUUAUUUCUGUAAGCUCCAAAUAAAAAAACGUAAUAUA